AUGUCGUGCGACCCCGAGGCGCUGCUGCAGUUCAAGAGCGGUCAGCUCAAGCAGCGGCUCGAGGUGUACAGGCAAGAGAUCGCGUCCGCGGAGGCGGAGGCGGCGUCGCUGCGCAGGAAACAGGCGGCGUACGAGGAGCGCAUCAACGUCGUCGCGUCGGAGUGGAACACGCUUCAGGAUGACGUCUGCGCGCUCGCCGCGCGCGCGGGCGUCGCACCCGCGGCGUCGACGAACGACGUCUCGCACGCGGACGUGAAGGACCCGUUCCUUCGAAGGCUGCUGCAGACGUCCGAGCCGAGCGUCGGGCGGAAGCGCGCGAGGGACGACGACGACGACGCCAAAAAAGCAAAGGGAGACGAAGGCGACGCGUCCGACUCGGACGAGGACGGCGCCGCGCGCGCGGAGGGCGGCCUCGACGCGGACGCGAAGAAGGCUGUCGCCGCGCUCAAGCUCCGCGCGACCGCGGUGAAGGCGACGCUGACGACCGUCCUCGACGCGCUCGACGCCGCCAACGCCGACGCGGGGAGAGACGCCGACGACGUCCUCUCGGCGACGCGGCGGCGGCUCGCGACGCUCGAGGCGGACCACGGCGCCGCGGUCGCGGAACUCCAGAGACUCCGAGAGAUCACGACGAAGCAGCGCAUUCGGAACGAAGAGCUCGGGGAUAAGCUCGAGGACGUCACCGCGGAGGUGGAGCUCCUGCGACGGUCGCUCGCGGGCGCGAGGAGCCGCGCGGGGGAGAUCGAAGGGCUUCCGCCGAUGGCGACGGCGCAGGGCGCGCGCGCGGCGGCGGGCGCGGCGGCGGUAGCGGCGGCGGCGGCGAACACCCCGGGUGGUGGGCCCGUGCCCGGGACGCCCGGGAUGACGCCCGCGACGGUGAAGCCGGGGGGGAAGACGGUCGGGGGCGCGGUUCCGGUCACGCCGGGGCCUCCGAUGUUCGACGGCGCGGAGCAGCCCGCGGACGGCGGCGGCGGCGGCGGCGGCGGCGGCGCGGACCCCGUCGAGAUCCUGCGGCUGGAAGGCCUCGUCGCGGAGCUCAAAGGCAGGGUCGACCACGCGGGGAAGCAGCUCGACGAGCAGAUGAACGUCAACGCGAAGCUGAAGAGCGAGGCGAACAAGCUGCGCGACGCCGCCGAGGACGACUCGCGCGUGUCCGCGUCGAAGCCGUACCAAGCGCUUCGGCAACAGCUCGCGUCCGCGACGGAGGACGCGAAGCGGUUCAAGGACGCGGUCGCUUCCUUGCAGCGCGAGGGGGAGGGCUUGCGCGCGGAGCUCAGGCACGCGUCGCUCGCGGCGAGCAAGGCGGAGAGCGAGUACCGACGCGCGCAGCUGGCGGAGCAACGCGUCGUCGACGUCGAAAAAAGGUUGGACGCGGUUUCUCGCGAGCGCGACGACGUCGCGUUCAAGCUGUCGCAGACGUCCGAGAGCGCGUCGCGGAAGAAGCUCAACGAGGAGCGGGCGACGCUGCUGGAAAAGCUGCAAAAGGAGAACGCGGAGCUGCGUGCGGAGGCGACGAAGGCGCGGUCGAUGAGGAAGGACGUCGACGACGCGAAAAAAGCCGCGGCGGAGGCGGCGAGCGAGGCGGCGGCGGCGCGGGCGGAGGCGGCGGACGCGAAGAAAGCGCUCGAGGCAGCGCGCGGGGGCAAGGCACCCGAAGACGGCACCCCCGAGGCGCUCGCGGAUAAGCUCGCGGAGGCGCGGCGGGCGGCGGCGGCGGCGGAGUCGAAGGCGAAAAACGCCGAGGACGCGCUCGAGGAGAAAUCCGCGGAGAGCGAGGCGUUCAUGGCGGAGAUGGAAGCGAUCGGCGCCGCGUACGAGGAAGCGCAGACGGAGAACGCGCGUCUGAUGUCCAGACUCACGGAGAGAGACGGCACGGAGCAGCAGGCGAUGACGGAGAAGGUCCAAGCGCAGGCGCUCGCGAGGAAGUUGAGGGAGGAAAAAGCCGGGCUCGAGGCGGCGGUGGCGCACGAGCGCGGCGCCGCCGUCGCCGCCGCGAAUCGCGCGUCCAGGGUCGAGGCCGCCGCCGCGGAGCGCGAGGCGGAGCUCGCGCGCGCGAUAGAGGAGACCCAGUCCCUCACGAAGCGCGUGGAGGAGCAGACGAACACGUUGAUGCAGGUUCAAGAGAGCGCGAGCGAGCAACGCGCGGCGGCGGAGUCGGCGCGGAAACGCGUCGACGGGUUGACGGACCGCGCCGACGCGGACGCGAAGGCGGUCGCCGCGGCGGAGCGCCGGGUGAAGCAGUGCGAGGAAGAGAUCGCGGGGUUGAAGAAGCGGAACCAGAAGCUCACGAAGAUUGGCGGCAGCAACGACGAGAUGAAGGAAGAGGUGGACGCGUACAAGAGCAUGAUGCGAUGCAGCGUGUGUAACGACCGCCUCAAGGGCGUCAUCAUCACGCGGUGCUACCACAUGUUCUGUCAGGAGUGCAUACAGACGAGGAUCGAUAACAGGGCGAGGAAGUGCCCGGGGUGCGGCGCCGCGUUCGCGGCCGCGGACGUCAAGCCGAUCUACUUCUAA